AUGGAGGAGUUCCAAGAAGCCGACGUCCUAUGGCCGGACCACUACCACCGUGACGACCCCCGCGGCCACCACCGCCAGCAGCAGCAGCAGCAGCAGCAGCGCAGCGAGAGCAGCGCCGCCUCACCGCGCGGUGGCGCGGCGCGUCCAGGCGGCUCGUCGGCGCCCGUGUGCAUCCCGGGGAGGAUGACGACGACGGCGACGCCGGAGGAGCAUGAGGCGGCCUCGUGGGCGCCGGGGGGCAGCGGCCACGGGUGCACGGCGCCGGCGGCGGCGCCGUUCGUGCCGCCGCACGAGGUGGCGGCGGCGAGGGCGCAGCGGUGCUCGGAGGAGAGGGCGGCGUUCUCGGUGUGCGUGGGGAAUGGGCGCACGCUCAAGGGCCGCGACCUCCGCUCCGUCCGCACCGCCGUGCUCCGCAUGACCGGCUUCCUCGAGACCUGA